UUUUUUUGGAUGGUAAGGGCUGGAAAUAUGUGUUUGAAAAUAAAAUGUAUAAUUAGAGAUUUGAUUACGCAUUAAUAACACUCAUUUUAUCCCAUCAGAGAAAAUGACAACUGUUAUUCCCAUGGAGAUGAAAGAGGAGUUGUUGGCAGCAGUAGAAUAUAUGAAAAUUCUUAUUAACAGAUUCAACAGACUGGACCCGGUAAAAGUGUGGACUUUUGGAGAGAAACUUAUCGAGAUUUUGGCUCACAAAUACACAGGGCACUGGUACCCAGAAAAACCAAUUAGAGGGCAGGCAUACAGGUGCAUUCGGGUCAACAGGCAGUAUCAGGAUGAUGGCAUUCUUGAUGCCUGUUCAUUUAGUGGCCUUAUAUACUCUGAACUCUCGCUUCCCAAGGAGAUGACUCUUUGGAUUGACCCUUAUGAAGUCUCAUGCAGGUUGGGAGAUGAUGGUUAUGCUUACACAGUUGCAAGCUUUCAUCCAAGUAUUACUCGACCCUCUACUGAGUCUUUGGAGUCUCUAGAAGAAGUUUCCUUCUCAAGUUCAAACUGC